UUGACCAGGGUGUAUAACAUUGUUUAUGAUUGUGGUACGAAAUGUGUGUUAUGUGCAGGAGAAGUAUAGAACUUGAUGUGACGAAAAAGAAGCAGAGCUACCGGCGCUCUACAAAAGGUGGACUUAACUUCGGCAAGCGUUCUACGAAGAGGUCGCGGAAGAGCCAAAAUAACGGGCAAUCUGGCAAGAAGUCGUCCACAACGAUAGCUAACUUCUUCAAGAUGUCUCUCGGAGACUUAAUGGGCAAGAUGUUGGUAUCCAUGCCUCAUUUUGUACGAUGCAUCAAACCUAACUCCAAACUAAACCCCAAUUUGUUCGAGCGUGAUUUCGUUCAACGACAGCUUCGGUACACGGGUGUGCUGGACACAUGCCGCAUACGCCAGGCUGGAUAUCCUGUGCGCCUGUCGUUCCCUGCUUUCAUGGCUCGAUAUGGCCAUCUCGCUGUUAGAUAUGACUGGAUGGCCAACAAUGUGAUGGACGCUAAUGCAUGCAAACUUGUACUUGAGAAACUGGAGCUGAAGAGCUAUGCCAUCGGACUGCAAAAGGUGUUCCUUCGCUUCUACCACAAUGAGACACUGUGCCACAAGUUGGAGCACUUCCUCAGUGCUGUCCUCGUAUGUCAAAAGAAUGCACGGCGCUUCCUUGCCCAAGCAGAUUAUCUGCGCCGUCUCGAGCAGAAGAAUGUUGCCAAUCUAUUAUCAAUGUCGUUACAAAUGCAAGACGACUUGGCAGUGGCACUGUCCACUCAAUGUGAACAGGAUGAUGCCGAGCACCGGCGACUUGAGGAGGAAGAGAAGAGACGGAAGGAGGAGGAAGAGCAGAGACGCUUAGCUGAAGAGGCCGAAAAGAAGCGCUUAGCUGAGGAGGCCGAAAAGAAGCGCUUAGCCGAAGAGGCCGAAAAGAAGCGCUUAGCCGAAGAGGCCGAGAGGAAGCGCUUAGCUGAAGAGGAAGAGAGGAAGCGCUUGGCUGAAGAGGAAGAAAGAAAACUGCGAGAGGAGGAAGAGAGAAAACAACGAGAGGAGGAAGAAAGGAAACAACGCGAGGAGGAAGAGAGAAAACGACGGGAGGAGGAAGAGCUGGAAAGACAACAGCAAGGAGCAGACGCUGCUGAGCGGACAUGUUUAGAGAAGGCGACGAAAGACUCUAGUGACGAGGUUUUCUGUGAGCUCGAAGCACCAUUGGCAAGUGAUGCUGCCAAGGAGAAUGCCGAUGAAGAUUCAGCAGCAAGAGAGAAGGCGGAAGAGGGAGACAUGUUUGAUGAGGAACUGGAACAUCGGCCGUCUAGUACUAGCUCCGAAAGACAACGGCCCAUCAGUCAAUCACAUGUAAGCGAUAGUAUGGACGAGGAUUGCAUUGAAAACGAAAAGCCUCGAGAAGUAUCAGGACAUCCGAAGAGUCCACUGUCGGAUACAAGUGAAGAACUCCCUAUGAGAAGUCGUCGGUCUGGGGUGGCUGGUUGGAGGCAGGAUGAACUUGAUGAUGAGUAUAUUCCAAAGAGAAUCCGAGACCGUGAGACUUUCAGUUCUAGUCAAGUUCAGCUGGCGGCCAGGAAUGCUCUGCUUCAGAAGCGGCUGCGGCGUUCCUCUGAGUUGCCGGACAGUGCUCUGGUCAGUCAUCGUACCAGAUCCGGCUCAUGUCAAGUCCGUGGAGCUGUGGUCAAUCGCGCCGAGUCCUUUGAGUCUACUGGCUCUGCACCAAGUCCCGGAUAUACCAGUCGUGGAAAGUCGUUCCCUUUUGAUGAUUUACCCCCACCGUCUGGUGGCAUUGCAGCACAGAACAGCAGCUCGUUUGGCAGCGGGCUGUCUCUGAAUGCAACAUCAACUUCUAAAUCCCCGAAGUCACGGUCCAGCUUUGCUGGUCUUAUUGAUAUGGCACAGGAGAAGAAGAAGUCGAAGAACAAAUCACCCACCUGGGCAUCAAGUAGCCGAACAGCGAAACAUCUGAUGAGAAACGAGUCAGUAAGAUCUAAUCCCAGCGGCCAGAGCAAGGAUGAUGACUCUAAGCUGAGGCAGGAUUCUCUUGAUUUCAAGUAUAGCACAAGGGUACGAGCAUCAAGCUGUGCUAGUGGCGAGAUGCGCUCGACAUUCUUUUUCGGAAACGAUAGCAACAAGUCAUCCGUCGAUGAAGAUGUUGUUUCUAUUUCAUCUAUGACGCGUGGAGACACACUUCCCUUCAUUGAAGCUAAACCGGACCAAGUUUGCGAUAGUCUAAUAUUGUCUUGUGAAAGUCUGUGCAUAUCUGCACCGUCCGUGGAUACAAUGUCCAUAUUGACAGUGGAUACCGAUGAAGAGAGUAACUCUGCCUUGUCCAACGUUCGGAGGACACUGGUGCAUGGUGUUGAGUGGCCUAGCAUCUCCAAUGGUGCUGUAUCGUCAGUUACUAGCCUUGGAGUUGAUACAGAUGAGGAGUGCAACAAUCAGCUGGGAGUUUCCAGAGUUAAAACAAGUAGUUCCUCUUCACCGCGCCUCAAGAGUCCACUGGUGGAAUCCACAGGCAAGCUGACCCAGAUCAACAUUCUUGCACCUUCGCCAGAAGUGGAAGCACUGAAGCGAGAGGACUCUCUUGCUCGUUCCUGUAGCAGUGAGGCUUUGGAUACUGAUGAAGAAUGUAACAUUGUGCAGCCCAGGCUGGUGCUGCCCAGCUCUAGCAAGUUUAUCACUUCUGAUGCCGAAGAUGACCACAGGAUGUCUCAGGGGGCUGUCUUCGGUGGGGACUCUGAUGAUGAAGCUCCGGUGCGCGACUUCGACAAAACCAAGAAGCGACGGUCUGGUGCAGAUCUAUCUGGGAAGUCCAUAUCAGAUGAGUGGCGAAAACUGGCAAAAUUUGCCAACAACCAAGACAGCAGGAGAGCCAUGUUGGGUGAAAAGGGUCAUCCCGACGAAGCAAAGGAUGCCAAGCAAUCUAAGAAGUCACGGCAUGAUACUCUGUCCCAGGAGCGGGAGCGUCUCCAAGCGGAAGUCAAUGAGUUGGUUAAGCUACGUGACGAAAUGCUCCUGAACAGGAAGAUAAGUGAAUACGCGAAAGCUAAGGAGGAAGCCACACAACUGCAGACAGAAGCAGAAGCCAUGCGCUCAGAGGUGGAACAGAUGCGGUUAGAUGUGGAGGAUGAUAUGGUGCGAGCAUCAACAAUAAAAGAGUGUGCCCGGAAGGAGCUCAUGCUGGUCUUAGCUAUGUCAGACCUGCUUACCCUCAAGCCCCGGGCAGUGCUCAAAUCCGUUUCUCUCCGGCAUAACAAACUGGCAUCAGAGCGCCAGGCACCUGAAAAGUCUCCAUCCAUUUCUUUGUGUGUGCAAAACUCCGCACCAAACUCGGCACGGAACUCCUGGACUUCGGAACGGAAUGGUCUCCUUGGGAUGGAAACGGGAUCAGUACCAGACCUGUCUGCUUUAUCACUACCGGGCAAUGUUGGACGGCCUGGACAUCGUUAUUCGACAGGAAACAUCAGUCUGACAACCCGACGUACCUCCCCUCUGGGCACGAAAGUAUCACUGGCUGAAACCGCGAUACACGCAGUGCGCCAGAUGAAAACAAGAAAAGAAGAGGCACCCACUCCCAAACAGCCCGAGAGUGUCUCCAGAAAGUUUAUUUCCAUUCUAGAUCAGACUGACAAAGAGUCUAUUAAAGUUGCUGAGCACAUUCUGUUGUCUGCCGAUGGCUCUUCCGUCCAUAAGGCAAUGAAGAGCGUUGCUAACGGUUCGUUAGUGACGUCUUCUUCACUGGCCAAUACAAGAGGGGAAGAGAGCGUUGCACCGGAGUUUGUUCCCCCCGCCACCAGCGUUCCUGACACACGCGGCCACGGUGCCAUGCGGUCGUCCAGCUUGCGCAAGCUGGGACGGCAGCGCUAUGUGCAGGACAAACGUCAGGCACAGAAGCCGAACGUUCCAUCAAAUCUGACGACGGUCGCGGCAUCGAUGUCAGCAUCCACGCCAUCUGUUGCAUCUGCACCAGUGGAAACUGCCAUCGGUUCACUCACGUCCACCUCAAGUUAUCUCGAUGGAAGAGCUAGCUGCCAGGCUUCACUAGGCUGUGGUAGCACUGCCGCUGAGGCGACAGCUGAUGUGUCAGCCGGUGUUGUGCGUCGGUCUUCAUUCGCACAUGGCCAAGCCAGCAACGUCGCUCAGGAGUGUCGCAAAGAAAUAGCCACCUGUACCCGGUCUGGUUCCAUUGACAGCCAACAGAUACAGGCAGCGUCGAAUGCCAAACCACUGACAUCUCCUGUGCGUAAGCUUGUAUCCGAGACCACACAAGGGUCUGUGUCUACAUUGUUCUCGUCUGCACAUACUGGCUUGGCAGCAGGAGUUGACCCGAGCCCUGAGUCUAUAGUGACUAACACCGCUGAUAAGAAGCCCUCAGCAUGUUCUGUUGGUAGCGGCUCGUUAAGCAUUGGCGAGUCGCUGGAUGAUAUGAUAAUGCAGUCAAAUUCCUGCGCUGCAGGCGUAGACUCCCAAUUCAGUUUUGUGGGCCCUGCUCAGUCACUUCACACACCCACUGCGUCGAUGUCGUCCGUUUGUAGUCUGCACCGUAGCCUGGGUGUAACGGCAUCACUCGUCGGUGACUUGGUCAGCGAUAACUGCACUUUGAGUGGUCCAAAUUCCCUAACUUCACCAGUCUCUGUUGCUGACUUAGAAAGUGAGACGUUAGAAACAGAGCAGCAAGGGAUAGCAGCUACUCCAGCACAAUCACCAGAGCCUCAACCCACCGCCGCGCAACCUGAGCCAAAGGCUGAGACCGACUCAAAGUGCGAGCAAGAUACGCCAGUGGAAGUUUCCACCUCUGAGCUCUCCACAUCCGAGCCCAGGUCUGAACUUUCUAGAUUUAUUUCAUUGUCAGCCAGCAACCUUACUUCACCCAUGAUUGCAAGAGUGCAGUGUCAACUGUCCUCGUCCAGAUCCCUGGGUUUGAUGCCAGCAAGUGGUGAAGGGGAAGACGGGCAACGUGGAAAGCGCAGGGCAGCCUCCGCACGCAUCCGGCGGCGUUCAGGCGGCAACCUGGGUACUCCAACCUCUCGUGUUCGGUCGGUGGUUCGCCAGAUUGAACGAGGAUCCUCUUCUUCACUGGACCAGACAGUCGUCCACACCGAGCUGGACCAGUUCCCAAUACCGCGGCCUGACAGCAGCCCUGUUGAAGAGCGAAUCUCCAUGUCUCGUGGAGAAUCAACAGAGGAGGAGUGUACUGAUGUCGACGUGGAGGAAGCUGCAGAGAUGUUUGUGGAUGAUCCUUGGUGUCGCAUUUCGUGCAUGGAGAUGAGCUACGUCAAUGGAGUCUAUUCAGUAUUCGGAUCUCGCCUGACCAUAGAUGGCUCACUGAGGCAAACUGCCUGCAGGCUUGGCUUGAACUCGUUACCUGUUGCUGGAGGUCUGACAUGUGUAGAAGAGAUCAGAAAGUACAUUGGAAAGGGUGUUGUAUUAGAUUAUCGACCUGAUGGAUGCCUCUAUGCCACCAAGCUAACGCAAAACAAUGUCGUCGUCAAGGGCUGGAAUUCCCCAGUGAGUAAUUGCUUGCCUAAGUCCCUGGUCAAUCGGAAAGGAAAGUUGGAGCACAAUAUACCAACAAAGAUCUAUGAUUCGGCUUUGUUCCGCAAGCACAUGAUCAGCUUGAUCAACAUGAAGCCGGUUGAUCAGAAAAUGGGACUCUCGAUAUGCAAGGUCGCCCUGGCUUUUGUUCAUGACCAGAAGAAUCCAAUGCACACGCCAUGUUGGAUUGUUGUCGACAUCAUACCCAGGCAUCAUGAUGUAUCAGCAAUCAUGGAGCUACAUCCGGAUGCAUUGGCAGCGCGUAGCAAUGAUCCCUGGUCUGCUGCGAAGAUAAUUGAUCCUUUGAUGGAGUUUGCCAGUCACACGGAUCUGUCAGGUAUCCACCGGGCUUCCUGGCCCAUGGGAGAAUCCAUUACGGACGAUCCAAUGUUUCAGACCCUGGGUGAGCUUCCUGGGAGUUUCCCGUCUUCAACAAAUCACCUUCGUCUACAGCCGUUACCCCAUAACAUGGACUAUUUGGAUGGGUCGACUGCGUGUGCUACCUCAAAGCCAUCAAUAGAAACGAUCCCUGUCCACUUAUCGCAGGAUUCAGGCAUUCCAGAUGAGAAGCAUCCUGAGAGCUCAUCCGCAAGAGCGCCGAACCCCAUGGUUGAGUAUGACAAGAUUUCACAAAGCGAUUCUCUGAUUAGCCAGGCUAUUUCCACAGGAGGAAUAAAGAUGUCGCGCAGUCUUACCUCAGCUGCUGUAAGCUGCUCAUCCAGUACCAACGUAGCAGGAUUGUUCAUCACCGCUGCUGCAUCAGCAGAAUCCGACGAUAAACCAGCUCCAGAUGGGAAAGCGAAGAGAUCAUUCAACACCAUUGUUGCAGAGCUAACGUCUUUGCAGGCAGCCACUAGUGUUGGACUUUCAAGUUCUUCUUGUGGCGUGGCACCAUCGCAUUCCAAAACACAUGCAGCCAAUACCACCACACCACUACUCUCAUCCAUCAAGCAACGUAACAGCAAGAUGAAGUCCAAUGCGUGGACGAGGCUUGCAUUGAAGACAAAGACGAUCAAGUCCUGAAUAGCCAGCCAUUGUUUUCCUCCUUAUGUGCUUCAUUUUUUCCCAUGCCAUACAUAUAUCAUAUCCUGCCACUGGGACCAGCUUUCACUCCCGCUGUGUAUAUAUAGCAUGCUUGUGAUAUUUCUCUUUAGCACCUCUGUACAGAAUAUACUACCUGUAUGCUGUAUUUAUAUUGCGGUAACUCGGAUUAAGUAAGUAAUAUAGGUAAAGCGCGACGAGGUAUGUCACAUUUAAUCAUUAAUUUUAUUUUUAUCGAUGCAUAAAAAAGAUAGUAGUUUUUUAAAAUUUAUUUUAAUAGCCAUACAUCUUCUAAGCACACCUGUCCAAAAUAAUUUUGUUGCGACUUCUUGGUAUUUAUUUUAUUGCGUUGGUUCAGCUGGGUCCUGGUUGUUUUUUUUAUAUUGGAGAAAAUAUUUUAAUUAGGCUCCGAGUUUCAUCUUGAAUUUAAAUUGAAUGUCCGUUUGUUUGUUUUUUUUUCUUCAUCAUUCUUCUCCUGGACAGUAUUUGUUUG